CGGUGGCCCUUGGAAGUUUUGUGCUCUCCUCUCUCUUUUGUGUCCGUCUCCGGGAAGGGAGAGGUCUGCAUGCCCGCUUGCAGGGCAGAGGGGGGAGAUGCAGGGCAGGGCGAGGAGUUGCUGCUGGGGUGACCCUUCUGCUGCGCGUGGCUCCUGCAAGGCUCUGCUGCUGCCUCCGCUCCUGGCUUUCCCCCCCAAGUGAUGGGAGCAAAGGCUGCUGCUGCUCCACCUCACUCUUCCCUCCAGCCUGCCACAAGCACCGAGCCGGGGCCCUCACCCAGAGCAGCCGUCACCCCUGCGCCUGCCUCGGAUGUCCAGUGACUUUGUGUGGCUCAAGUCGCAGCAAGCACUUCUUUUCCUCUCUCCGCCUGCUAGGGUGCUGCAGUGGUUUAUGGUCUCGGAGGGGCAGUGCUCUGUUGGGAUACUUGCAAGUGGCCUGGGUGCUGAAGGCGAAGUCCCAGGCUGGAGAAGCAGCUUGCGAACAGGGCACAGAGAAUCCAAGCUGCAGAAAAUUGCGGAUCUUUUGUUUUCUUCUUCGCUUUUGAUGGUCCCAGGAAGUGUCAGAGCCCCUUCUAGGAAAAUCCAGGGCAAGGGAGAGAAGUUACAAGACUUGGGGUGCUGCUGACAAUACCUUCUGCGGGGAGUACUCACUAUUAACUCCUGGAGGAUUAGGAAACCUUGCUUAUAUUAAGCUUCUGUGGAUUUACAAUCGGAGGGGGCUUUUAAUUUGUAUUCCUCCCCCCUCCCAUUUGGCAUGAGACUAUUUGCAGGCGCCACCUGAGGACAAUGAUCGCGGAGUUUGCUCACUUUUACCUCUUUGGAUUAAUAUGUCUCUCUUCAGGCUCCCGUCUCCGUCAAGAAGAUUUCCCACCUCGAAUUGUUGAGCACCCUUCUGAUCUAAUUGUUUCAAAAGGAGAACCAGCAACUUUGAACUGUAAGGCUGAAGGCAGGCCAACCCCAACUAUUGAGUGGUAUAAAGGGGGUGAAAGAGUUGAAACUGACAAAGAUGACCCUCGCUCCCAUCGGAUGUUGCUACCCAGCGGAUCUUUAUUUUUCUUACGCAUAGUACAUGGACGCAAAAGUAGACCAGAUGAAGGAGUCUAUGUCUGUGUUGCACGGAAUUACCUUGGUGAAGCUGUGAGUCAUAAUGCAUCGCUGGAGGUAGCAAUAUUACGAGAUGACUUCAGACAGAACCCUUCUGAUGUAAUGGUAGCUGUGGGUGAACCUGCCGUGAUGGAAUGCCAACCCCCAAGAGGCCACCCAGAACCCACUAUUUCAUGGAAAAAAGAUGGGUCCCCACUGGAUGACAAAGAUGAACGAAUUACAAUCAGAGGAGGAAAGCUCAUGAUUACCUACACGAGAAAGAAUGAUGCUGGCAAGUAUGUCUGUGUUGGAACAAAUAUGGUGGGAGAACGAGAGAGUGAAGUGGCGGAGCUCACCGUUUUAGAAAGACCAUCUUUUGUGAAGAGACCCAGUAAUUUGGCCGUAACUGUGGAAGACAGUGCAGAGUUUAAAUGUGAGGCUCGGGGCGACCCUGUACCUACAGUAAGAUGGCGAAAAGAUGAUGGGGAAUUACCAAAAGCAAGAUAUGAAAUCCGUGAUGAUCACACCUUGAAAAUCCGGAAAGUUAUGGCAGGAGACAUGGGGUCUUAUACUUGUGUUGCUGAAAAUAUGGUUGGAAAAGCUGAAGCAUCAGCAACUCUAACAGUUCAAGAACCUCCCCAUUUUGUUGUGAAACCUCGUGACCAGGUGGCUGCAUUGGGACGGACAGUGACUUUCCAGUGCGAAGCAACUGGAAACCCUCAACCAGCCAUCUUUUGGCGGAGGGAGGGAAGUCAGAAUCUGCUUUUCUCAUACCAGCCGCCACAGUCAUCCAGCCGCUUUUCAGUCUCCCAGAUUGGUGACCUUACAAUCACAAGCGUCCAGAGGUCUGACGUUGGGUACUAUAUCUGCCAGACUUUAAACAUUGCAGGAAGUAUCACAACAAAAGCAUACUUGGAAGUUACUGAUGUGAUUGCAGACCGGCCUCCCCCAGUCAUUCGACAGGGUCCUGUGAAUCAGACUGUAGCUGUGGAUGGUACAUUAGUACUCAGCUGUGUGGCCACAGGCACUGUAAUGCCCACAAUCCUCUGGAGAAAGGACGGGGUCCUCAUCUCUACCCAGGACUCUCGCGUCAAGCAGCUGGAGACAGGAGCUUUACAGAUCCGAUACGCCAAGCUGGGUGACACUGGUCGGUACACCUGCAUUGCCUCAACUCCAAGUGGCGAAGCUACCUGGAGUGCUUAUAUUGAGGUCCAAGAAUUUGGAGUUCCAGUGCAACCACCAAGACCGACUGACCCAAACUUGAUUCCUAGUGCACCCUCAAAACCUGAAGUGACAGAUGUCAGCAGAAAUACAGUAACACUGUCAUGGCAACCUAAUUUGAAUUCAGGUGCAACUCCGACGUCUUAUAUAAUAGAGGCCUUCAGCCAUGCAUCUGGUAGCAGUUGGCAAACUGUAGCAGAAAAUGUGAAAACUGAAAGUUUUGCAGUUAAAGGGCUGAAACCUAAUGCAAUUUACCUCUUCCUUGUGAGGGCAGCUAAUGCAUAUGGACUUAGUGAUCCUAGCCAGAUAUCUGACCCAGUGAAAACUCAAGAUGUUCCACCUACAAGCCAGGGUGUGGAUCACAAACAGGUCCAGAGAGAGCUCGGGGAUGUGGUUCUGCAUCUUCACAACCCCACUAUCCUUUCUUCUUCCUCAAUUGAAGUUCAUUGGACAGUGGACCAGCAAUCCCAGUAUAUUCAGGGAUAUAAAAUUCUGUAUAGGCCUGCCACUGCAUCCCACGGCGAGUCUGAAUGGUUAAUUUUUGAAGUGAGAACACCAACCAAAAAUAGUGUCGUCAUUCCAGAGCUGAAGAAAGGUGUAAACUAUGAAAUCAAGGCCCGCCCUUUUUUUAACGAGUUUCAAGGAGCAGAUAGCGAAGUGAAAUUUGCAAAAACCCUAGAAGAAGCUCCUAGUGCUCCACCUCAAAGUGUUUCAGUGACUAAAAAUGAUGGGAAUGGGACUGCAAUUGUGGUUACCUGGCAGCCACCCCCUGAGGAUACCCAGAAUGGAAUGGUCCAAGAAUAUAAGGUUUGGUGCCUGGGCAAUGAAAGCAGAUACCACAUAAACAAGACAGUAGAUGGUUCCACCUUUUCUGUAGUCAUCCCCUUCUUAAUUCCUGGUAUUCGAUACAGUGUGGAAGUAGCAGCAAGUACUGGGGCAGGACCUGGAGUGAAAAGUGAGCCACAGUUUAUCCAAUUAGAUUCCCAUGGAAACCCUGUGUCACCAGAAGACCAAGUCAGCUUAGCCCAGCAGAUUUCAGAUGUUGUAAAACAGCCAGCUUUCAUUGCUGGCAUUGGUGCAGCCUGUUGGAUUAUUCUUAUGGUCUUCAGCAUCUGGUUAUACCGCCACCGAAAGAAGCGAAAUGGACUAACUAGUACUUACGCUGGUAUCAGAAAAGUCCCGUCUUUUACCUUCACACCAACAGUGACCUAUCAGAGAGGAGGAGAAGCAGUAAGCAGUGGAGGCAGACCAGGACUUCUAAACAUCAGUGAACCUGCCCCUCAACCAUGGCUAGCAGAUACGUGGCCCAACACUGGUAACAACCACAAUGACUGCCCCAUCAACUGCUGCACCUCAGCCAAUGGAAACAGUGAUAGCAACCUCACAACGUACAGUCGACCAGCUGAUUGUAUAGCAAAUUACAACAACCAGCUGGAAAGCAAGCAAACAAACCUGAUGCUGCCUGAGUCAACUGUUUAUGGUGAUGUGGACUUGAGCAACAAAAUCAAUGAGAUGAAAACCUUCAAUAGCCCAAAUCUAAAGGAUGGAAGAUUUGUCAACCAACCUGGGCAGCCCACUCCUUAUGCAACCACUCAGCUCAUCCAAUCAAGCAUCAGCAAUAAUGUUAACAGCAGCAGUGGGGAUACAAAUGAGAAACACUGGAAACCCUCUGUUCAGCAAAAACAAGAGGUUGCACCCAUACAGUACAACAUUAUGGAGCAAAACAAAUUAAACAAAGAUUACAGAGUAAAUGACAAUAAUGCUCCAACUAUUCCAUACAACCAGUCAUAUGACCAGAAUACAGGAGGGUCCUACAACAGUUCAGAUCGGGGGAGUAGUACAUCUGGGAGUCAAGGACACAAGAAGGGUGCCCGCACCCCAAAGGUACCAAAACAGGCUGGCAUGAACUGGGCAGAUCUACUUCCACCUCCCCCAGCACACCCUCCUCCCCACAGCAAUAGUGAAGAUUACAGUCUUUCUGUAGAUGAAAGUUAUGACCAAGAAAUUCCAUGUCCAGUGCCGCCUGCAAGGAUGUAUCUACAGCAGGAUGAGCUAGAGGAAGAAGAAGAUGAUGAGCGAGGUCCUACACCUCCAGUCCGAGGAGCAGCUUCCUCUCCCGCAGCUGUCUCCUACAGCCACCAGUCUACUGCCACUCUAACACCUUCACCCCAAGAAGAACUACAGCCCAUGUUACAGGAUUGUCAGGAGGAAAUAAGCCACAUGCAACACCAACCUGACCGGAGACGUCAGCCUGUGAGUCCUCCACCCCCUCCAAGGCCUAUUUCUCCACCACACACCUAUGGUUACAUUUCAGGACCCCUUGUCUCAGAUAUGGAUACUGAUGCACCAGAAGAGGAAGAGGAUGAGGCCGAAAUAGAGGUUGCCAAGAUGCAGAACAGAAGGCUCCUUUUGCGUGGCCUUGAGCAGACACCUGCCUCAAGUGUCGGGGAUUUGGAAAGCUCUGUAACAGGGUCCAUGAUUAAUGGUUGGGGCUCAGCCUCAGAAGAAGACAACAUCUCAAGUGGACGGUCCAGUGUUAGCUCUUCUGAUGGAUCCUUUUUUACUGAUGCAGAUUUUGCACAGGCUGUUGCUGCAGCAGCAGAAUAUGCUGGUCUUAAAGUAGCAAGACGUCAAGUGCAGGAUGCAGCAGGAGGCCGUAGACAUUUUCAUGCAUCGCACUGCCCUAGACCCACCAGCCCUGUGUCUACUGACAGCAACAUGAGUGCUGUUGUAAUACAAAAGGUCCGACCUGCCAAAAAGCAAAAACACCAGCCAGGACAUCUGCGCAGAGAAGUCUACACAGAUGACCUGCCACCCCCUCCAGUGCCACCUCCUGCUAUUAAAUCUCCUACCGCCCAGUCCAAGUCACAGCUGGAGGUGCGGCCUGUCAUGUUGCCAAAACUCGCCUCUAUAGAACCGAGAACAGACAGGUCCACGGAAAGAAAAGGAGCAAGCUACAAAGGGAGGGAAGGGGCAGAUGGCAGACAGCAUUCUGAUGUGCGGACAAAUUCGGGAGAGCGCAGAGAAUUGCAGGAACAGCAAAAUGAUGGGAAACUGCGAGGAAACAAAGCACCAAAGCGAGAAGGCACACCAGCAAAAACUCAUCUUCUCCAAGAGGACAUCUUACCAUAUUGUAGGCCUACGUUUCCAACAUCAAAUAAUCCAAGAGAUCCCAGUUCCUCCAGCUCUAUGUCAUCAAGAGGAUCAGGAGGUAGACAAAGGGCAGAUCAAACCAAUAUAGGCCGAAGAAAUGCUUCAGAAAUGCAAAUACUGGGAGCAUAUGAACAAGGAGAAGAAGAAGAAUUAGAGGAAACCGAAAGCUGAAGAGGAUGAGAGAUGUACUGUAACAGGCUUUGAAAUCUAAUCAGAAGAAUAUCACUUAAGAUGCCUCGAGUCUGAUGAUGUUUGACGCCAGAAAUAAUGUUCAGUGCAAUCAGAGUGUACAAACUUUCAUUUUUAUUCAUGCCAUCAGAACGCUAGUCUUUAUUUUACUAUUUCUUUUUAACCCCUUUUCAUUAUGAACAGCCCCUGACUAUUGCAUAACGCUAAGUGUAUCACCUUCUUUCUGCCCAGAAGGCAGGUAACCUGCUCUUCCUGGUGUGGAUGCCAGCUAGCACUUCAGGAUUUGGACAGAAGAGGGUGCCAAAACCUGGGAUUCCUAGUUUUCACCUUGCAGGCGGCAUCAAGCCAAUUGAUACAGCACCGAGUCAGUUGAUAAUCUUCCAUGUAAUAUAGCAUUGAUUAAAAAUACUAAAUUGCAUAAAGUGAAAUUUAUGCAAAGGGUUCUUCUAAUGUAGUGGCUUUACUAUAGCCUGCAGUUAGUGCAAAGGGGAACUUGCAUUUUCAAAAUGGACUGUUCCUUUUAUUUCCUGCCAGUUUCUCAAUUACCCUUUGCAGCAGCAAAAGAAUUACUUCUUAAAAUGCAACUAGAAGCAAUUUGGGGUGAGGUGGCUCAUAUUGUAAAUAUAUACUCAUUUUAAAGCCCCUGUGGUACUUUAAUUUGUCUUCCCCAUUUUCAUCAUUCAAGUACAUUCUUAUUGAAAAUGUCCUUUGGGAUAGGCAGGAGCCAAGCCAGUAGGAUCUCUGGUGGUCUACUCAUGGCAUGAAUAAGUCUAUUAGAAACUUGUUCUAAUUUUCAACUUAAAUGAUACAUAAAAAUAAGCAAGGAAAAUAAUGGACAUUUUUAAUAAUAAUUGGAUAAGGACACCGUUAUUGUGACUGGCCCAAAUCUCAGACCUCUACUUGUAGUAUCAAUUCACCUUAAAGAAGUGCCACUUAAAGACGUUUUGUUUGAUCUUGGGGUUUGUUUUGUUUUGUUUUGUAAUGCACUGCUUUUUUUUUUUUUUUUUUUUUUUGGUUUUAAAAGCACAAUCACUAAACUUUAUUUGUAAACCAUUGUAACUAUUAACCUUUUUUGUCUUAUUGAAAAAUGUUAAAAAGCAUUUGUUUGGGACUUUUCAUCUUUUUGUUAAUGCUUUAUGUUUGUAUUUGGAAUAUUUGAAUGAUGACAGAUGGUAAAGUAACAUACCUACAUGUGGGCCAUAAACAGAACACUUCUCACUUUUCCUGGACUUGUGGAACAUUCUCAAGUUUACUGUGGCCUAUCUCAACAUUGGAUUUUUCAUAAAAGCUGAAAUAGAGGCAUUAGUUGUGUUGAAUUUUGCCAAAUGAUGUCCUUUCUCUGUAGAUUUUAUUAUCUUUUCUGUAAUUAUAUGAUUUCUUUGUCAUUGGUGCUAAUGGAAAAUUGUGUGUUUGUUUAUGGACAGCUAUCAGGACUAGCCCCAAUGGGAAAAAAAAAAGAGUGUUUUGGUGUUUACUGAGGACUGAAAUUUUUCAUUUAGCUAAUUUUUUAAAAAAUGGUUACAUAGAAAGGAUGUGCAGUACUAAGGGAACAAUCCAUGUGAUUAAUGUUUUCAUUAUGCUCAUGUAAGAAACCUCAUAUUUUAGCCAUAAUUUUGCAUACUGAGGAUCCAAUAAUCAGAAAAGUAAUUUUUGUCACAUUAUUUAUUAAAAAUGUUCUCAAAUACAGCA